GCCGUGAGAAAAUAUGAACAAGCCUGAGUCAACAACCAAUCACAGCAAAGUGAACGUGGCAAAAUAUGAUUCGCAGAGAGAACUCUAUUUGUCAAGGAAUCCCGAAACAACCAAUCAGAAGCCUGCGUUUGUCUACCUAAACAACCAAUCAGAUGACUGCGCUUGUCUAUAAUAAUGUAGUUGAAAGAUGUAUAAAUACGUGUUGAUUUUCAUAAUAAAACGAUCUGUUGCCUGGCCCUUGUCUUCUGUUGUUACAUUUGGUGUCGCUGCCUACCGACAAAUGAAAAGCCUAUACCAUGCAGUUUUUGAUGGAGACAUAUGGAUCUUCGGGCAGGACUUCAAGGCUUCUGCGCAGUUGAGUGGCGUUCAAGAUCUGUCAGCGAUGGAGCUGCUACUUGAGACGCUGCUGGGAGGUCGGGCGAAAGCAGCAUAUGAAGGUGUGGGCCGAAGUAUGGACGAAUGUUCGGCAGGGUCAGGCAAACAGUUUCCAAAGUGGGAAGGACCAUAUAUGGUCACUUCGAGAUGGGGUUACGCAGACACAGUCGCAAUGGCAAACAAUAAGAGGCGCGUGAACGUCAGCGAGCUCCAGAAAUGGAUACAGCGAGACAAGCCAACGAUGACGCCUGCACCAAGUAGAUCAAGCCGACUUCAGUCGCACGUAUUUGACGGGGGGACGAGUGUGGUGAGAGCAGGCUGCUAGCCGAUUGGUUGGCACUAAUCUACGUUAAGGUCUAGGUCACUAAUAUGGGCCGUGAGAAAAUAUGAACAAGCCUGAGUCAACAACCAAUCACAGCAAAGUGAACGUGGCAAAAUAUGAUUCGCAGAGAGAACUCUAUUUGUCAAGGAAUCCCGAAACAACCAAUCAGAAGCCUGCGUUUGUCUACCUAAACAACCAAUCAGAUGACUGCGCUUGUCUAUAAUAAUGUAGUUGAAAGAUGUAUAAAUACGUGUUGAUUUUCAUAAUAAAACGAUCUGUUGCCUGGCCCUUGUCUUCUGUUGUUACACCGUAAGAAUAGCGAACCAUUGUUACCGAAACUUCUAAGCUCUAGCUUGAAGACCAGUAUUCCAAGGGUUGAGAAAUUAAAAUCAAAUGGAAGCAUUGAGAAGAUAUUCGUCAUCUUCGUCUACGGAUACAGCUAGUGUUAGUGAUGAAUUACCAGAAACAAAAGUGUCAAACCAAAAGAAAUCUACUAAUUUUGAGAAAAUAACUCCCACCGUUAAUGGACAUGAUCACUACUCAGGUUACAAUCAGCACAACAGUCAACAGCAGUCGAAUAACUUGAAUGAAAAGAAGAAAACAUCUAAACCUAAUUUAGACAAUCAAAAUGCAUUGUUGCAUCAACCUACAUCUGAUUUAACCUUUGUAAAAGUUGCCCAAACUAACAAGUUGAAUGAAACUGCUACCAUCAAUAAUAACUACAACAGCAACAGCAACAACAACAACAACAACAACCACAUAAAUCCAGCAUAUCAAAGAAAACUCAACGGUGUAACACCAAAUACUGAUUAUCAUGGGAUAUUAUCAUCAGAUACAAAAUUAGAUGAGAAAGCCUUUGUUCAAAUGAUUGAUAAUGAAGGAGCUCUGGGAUCAAUAAUAUCAAUCAAUCCGGAGGAAUAUGAUAAAAAGGUAACAGAGGAACAGAAACCUGAAGGAAAACAAAGCAGUAUUAUAACAGUUUUUUCAAUAUGGAAUACAAUGAUGGGCACAUCUAUCCUAGUCAUGCCAUGGGCUAUACAGCAAGCUGGAUUUGCUUUAGGCAUAUUCCUUCUGAUAUUUGUCGCUUUUAUCGCCGGUUACUGUGGUUAUCUUGUGUUAAGAGCUACAGAAGAUUUAAAAAUCAUACAGAAUCUUCGUUCAUCUGUCUAUAUGGAAUUUCCUGAUGCGUGUUUUUAUCAUUUGGGCAAAAUUGGUUAUAUAACAGCUAUAAUCUUUUCAAUGUUAGCAUUAUUCGGUGCAUUAAUUGUCUAUUAUGUACUAAUGUGUAAUUUCUUAUAUUACACUGGAGAUUAUAUUUAUCAUCGCAUACAGGAUUCGAAUAAUUCACACAAAGAUCCAGUGUACACAUUAUGGAAUAAAACGUAUACUGGUGCUGUUUGCAUUAACUUACCUUUAGUGCCUGUAGGAGAUGAAGCAAAUAUUACUAUUAAUCCAAUGUUUAGUAGUGGUAGUCAGUUAUUUAAUCAUUCAGACAGUAAUACUUAUGUUUCAAUGUAUGAUCGUUUAUGGUCAAAAACUGGUACUGUACCAGCUUGGUUAUUAAUCGUUAUCAUACCGUUGAUUUCAAUUAAAUCACCAACAUUUCUUGGAAAGUUUAAUGCAUUCGGUACUAUCUCUGUAUUCUACCUCCUCAUAUUAGUUUGUAUUAAAGCUGCUCAAUGGGGUCUUAAUUUGGACUUUUAUUCAGAUCAUCCAUAUCGGAUUGUUCAUCAAGCCCAGCCAACAUUUGUCAGUUUGACUGGUGUCUGUUCAUUGGCAUUUUUCAGUCAUAAUGCUUUGCAUACACUUACACGUUCUCAAAGGAGACCACAGAAUAAUACACGUGAUGUGGCACUGGCAUUUAUCUGUGUAGCAGCAACCUAUCUUGCCAUCGGUUUAAUAUUCUUCUGCACAUUUCCACUGGCUAAAUCGUGUAUUGAAGAUAAUCUCUUAAACAAUUUGUCAACUGAUAUUCCCGUCUUUAUUGGUCGAUUCGGAUCAUUACUACAAAUGUUCACUGUAUUUCCGAUGAUUCUGUAUAUCUUAAGAGUCCAGUUAAUGAUGGUCAUCUUCAAGAAAGAAUAUCCAGGGUUCCUUCAUGUUUCCGUCUUACACGCGAUCAUUCUUGGAUUAUGUCUAGUAUUUGCCAUAUUAUUACCGAAAAUUGGCACCAUCAUUCAAUUCAGUGGUUCCCUAUGCGGUCUUGUCUACAUGUUUGCAUUGCCUCCAUUAAUCUACCUGUUGAAUAAACGUGAAUUGGAUAAAAUGAAAUCACAGAAAGAAACUAUCCAACCAGAAAUUUAUUCUGAUGGUAAAUUGCUCAAUGGGAAAGGUGUUCUCAGCAAUGGCAGCACUGUUCAUCAACACCGACAGAUGGCAACCGACGACUUUACACCAUUUAAUGAAUUUCAAGUUGAUAAUCGUAGUGAAUCUUCGUCAGUAAUUAAAUUUAAAAUUAUAUCAGAACGUGAAACACUAAAAUGGUAUUUAAUUGUAUGCGUACAUGUAACAAUUAUGCUAUUAGGUGUAUUAAAUUUCAUUGGACAAUUCUCUGUAUUCUUCACAUAACUGGAAUUUAUUCAAUGCUCAAACAACUCACGCACAAAUAAAAUACACUGUGAAAAAUACACUCUACUACCAUCGUCGCUGCUGCUGCCAUUGCUGACGCCGCCAUCCCUCCGUAGUGUAUGACCUCGACUAUUAUUCAGCAUUAUUGAUUUCUUUUCGCCUAAUUAUCUAUCACUUCACACUGGAAACAACUCACCUCAACCUGCCUGACUACUACACCGCGUUGUCCGUAUACAUAAUACGAUGUUUAUGUUCGCACGCAAGCGAUUCCAAUCUAAUCUUAUCCAAGGUGGAUGUCCUGCUAAAGUCAAUCAAUCUCCCCAUCUCACCCCAAAUUUUAUCAGUUAAAAUUCUCCUAUUUUGUUUCCCUUAUUAUAAAGCACUAUAAUAUCUGUACUUUAUAGUUUAUAGCCCUGUAGUUUCUCACUUCAGUUGAGUUAUAACCAUCUUUUACAGCUGUCACACUUCUUUUAUUCAAUUCUUUAUUUAUCACAUUUUUAUAUAUGUGCUGAAGUAUUGUGCAAUUGUACUUCAGACGGUUUUCUAUUCUCGUUGUUGCCGUUGUUGUUAUCACUGCUGUCUUCGCAUGAAUCGCUUAUAUUUUCUGAUAUUUUUAGUCACCAUCCUCUAUCUGGAUAUUUCCAUCGACAAACAUGAUGGGAUUUAAUUUCUUCUAACUUUAUUAUUUAUUUUCAUUUUUAAUCAUAACACUACUUAAAUAAUCAUUUUUUUUAACAAAAAUUAUAUGUCUUUAGCAUUAUUUAUAAUUAUUAUUAGUAUUUGUAAUAUUUCUGGAUAAAGUAUAUAUAUACAUAUU